CCCCCCAUCAGGAGACCCCCCGGGCGCCACGCCGCGGACGGUGAGAGGUGCGUGCGCCGCCCCCCGCAGGACGCGUUCCCGGCGGGCCCCGCGCGGUCAGGGCGUGGGCGGUGCUCCCCCUCCCCCCCGACCGAGCUGCCCGCGCCCCCUCCUCUCGAAUGUGGCUGAACUGAAGCGCGCAGGCGGGAGACUCUGCAGGAUCCGCGGCCCUGAGCAUCUGAGCGGUGAACUCUUCAAGUCUCCGAUUAAAUUUAAAAAAUGGCCUCCAAUAAAACUACAUUGCAAAAAAUGGGAAAGAAACAAAAUGGAAAGAGUAAAAAAGUUGAAGAGGCAGAGCCUGAAGAAUUUGUGGUAGAAAAAGUACUGGACCGUCGUGUAGUGAAUGGGAAGGUGGAGUAUUUCCUGAAGUGGAAGGGGUUCACAGAUGCUGAUAAUACUUGGGAACCAGAAGAAAAUUUAGAUUGUCCAGAAUUAAUUGAAGCAUUUCUUAAUUCUCAAAAAGCUGGUAAAGAAAAAGAUGGUACAAAAAGGAAAUCUUUAUCUGACAGUGAAUCUGACGAUAGCAAAUCGAAGAAGAAGAGAGAUGCUGCUGACAAACCAAGGGGCUUUGCUAGAGGUCUUGAUCCUGAACGAAUAAUUGGUGCCACGGACAGCAGUGGAGAAUUAAUGUUUCUCAUGAAAUGGAAGGACUCAGAUGAGGCUGACUUGGUGCUGGCAAAGGAGGCGAAUAUGAAGUGUCCUCAGAUUGUCAUUGCCUUCUACGAGGAAAGGCUGACUUGGCAUUCUUGUCCCGAAGAUGAAGCACAAUAAUUGUUUGCAUUUAUAUAUAUAUAUAUAUUUAUAUAUAUAUAUAAAAUCUGGAUCUUGGGUUUUGAAUUACUAGUGUGGAAAAAAGCGUGCUAAUGAAAAUCAAGUUUGAUAUGCUGGUUUUGAAAGUAUUGACAGUAGUUAGUUUUGGUUUUUGUUCUGCAUCAAAAGGCACUGAUUCCUUUGAGCAAGUAAGAGCUUUCUGUAGUUGCUUCCUUUAACAGUAGAAUAUUUGAUACCAUGUUGUAUUUCCUCGGCUUUGAAGAACAGCUUUUCUUAAACGCUGGGGAGAUUUUACAGUCAUUAUUCAAGUCAGAACUUAUUUUUAACUGGGACACAGAAGGACCAUUCUGGGAUUUUUGUUUGUUUGUAUGAGGUGUAUGCAUAAAACACUUAAUAUAACUUGUUGGUUUUGUCUUGGUUUUUAAUACUCAAAAGAGCUGAAGAUGAAAACACAAGUUGAUGAAAUUCCCUCAUUGUGAACAGUCUCGAAACCAUAACCUUUCAUAUUAAGCAGAUUCUGCAAUUUAUUGGAUAGUUUAAAAGCAACCACAUCAGAAUUGAUACAUUAUCACAUAAAUACAGUGGUUUAUUUACAGAAUGUUGUCCAUUUCCCCUUCAGAAAAUGGAAUUAGACAAGGUGGUAGUAUGAUUUAAGUGUGGUGGCACACUCCUUUAAUCCCAGCACUCUAGAGGUAGCUGGAGCUCUGAUUUAGGAAGCCAGCUGGUCUACAGAGGUCCAGGUCAGCCAGGCUGUGUAAAGGUUCCUCUGGUGAACCUUUAUACCUUUGUGUCAUGCCUUUGUAGAAAGUCUGUACUAAAAGGUUAUGAUUCAUGGAAUCUGUUUGAUGUGGAAAUAGAAUCAUGGUUGGAGCUGAAGUUGGCACUUUAAGACCUGCUGACUAAGUGAGUGAACAAAAUUUGCUUAAUAUCAAUUAAUGACCUGCAUGCUUUUUCUUUACCCUGACUCAUUCCUUACUGGUAGGAUCAAUCUUUUCAGUAUUUGGAUUCUGGUUCAUUAAGCCAGAAAAGUUAACUUUGUAGUAUCAGAAUGCCAUCCAACUGUAUAUUUACUUUAUUGUAAAUAAUGGUGAACAGUGGUCAAUAAAUAGUUUUAUAUUCCUUUA